AUGAGAUUUGCAGGAACUAAGCACAUCACCAGUUCACCAUUGCAUGCUCAGAGCAAUGGAAGAGCCGAAAAUGCAGUCAAGACAGCCAAGAACCUCAUGAAGAAAAGCAAAGAGGCAUGUAUGGAGUAUUUUAUCUCGUUGCUUAGCUGGAGAAACACUCCUACGGAAGGCAUGGAUACGUCCCCAGCUCAAAGAAUGUUUGGACGAAGAACUCUGACACAGUUACCGACUGCUGAACCAUUACUAAAGCCACAACCAGCGCCAGUUGAUGUAAGAAAACAAAUUCUGACAAGGAAGGAGAAACAAGCAUCCUAUUACAACAGACAGACAAAGGAGCUUCCAACGCUGAAAGAAGGUCAAGUGGUGCGAAUUACCCCUCAACCAAAUGAUCGAGAAAAGAAAUGGAUAAAAGGUCAGGUAACAAGAGAAGCGGGUAUCAGAUCUUAUGAAGUGAUAACUGAGGAUGGCAGGCAGUUCAGGAGAAAUCGUAAACAUUUGCGUGCUUCUAAGGAACAGUUUUAUCAGCCAGACAAACAACCUCCACCUGUGUCACCAUCAUCAACACCACCUCCAUUAACGCCGCCAAAGUUGCAGGUCCAACAUGUUGUUAGCCCUGGGAAAGCCAUCAGUGGAGUGACAAGGAGUGGCCGAGUAUUCAAACCGCCAAGUUGCCUAGACUAG